AUGUUAAAAAUAUAUCAAUUUUUUUUAAAGUUCUUUUUUCAUCCUGAAGAAACAAAUGAUGUGGAACCAAAAAAAAUUAUGAAUUUAUGGACAUUGAGUUUUAAAAAUUAAGAUUUGGAGGAAAAAUAUUCAAAUAAAGAAAAAUAAAGAAUUAUUGUCUUGUUUCGAUUGUAGUACUUAAUACACUUCCUAAUUAAUGUUAUCUAUUUUGUUAACAACCAAUUUUUUUUGAAAAAUCAUUUAGUUGCAUAUUUUAGAGUGGCAUUUUGCUUUUGGCAUAUAAUUUGCAUGAUAUCAUAAGCUAACAUAAAAAGAAUUCAUUAUAAAUCAUUUAUAGCAAUUUCAGAAUUUUUAAGUUGUGUAAUAACUAUUCUCAUAGCUUAUGCAUACGUAUAAGCUUAAUUGAUAAAUAAACAAUGUGGUAAAUAAACAACAUCAUAAGCUGUCAGUAGUGGAAUAUAAACCGGAAUUAUUAUUAUUAGUUAUUUACUUGUUUGUCCCUUAUGGUUUAUUUAAGGAUUAAUAUUAAUAGCUGCAACAAUUUUAUUUAUAGGCUUGAUGGGGAAUUUAGCAUCUAUAUAUUGGACAUUUUAUGUUUUACUAUUGAUGAUGCUAGUAUUUUUUCGAUUUCUUGAAUAUUACAAAAGAAUUGAUUUUUAUACAAUUUGUUAGUAAACUUCAAAUUUACAUGCUUGCAAAAACAUCUUUGAUAAAACAGUUCCUAAUUCAAUAUUAAUACUUACUGAAAAUAAUCAGAGUCUAUAAGAUUCAACAAGUUAGAGUAAAGAAAUGAAGUUAAUCUAUAGUAAUGAUUUUGCAAUUAAAUACUUAUAAGUUUCAGACGAAAAUGAAGUAAUUUAAAAAUUAAAGAGUAUUUACAUUUAAACCGACUAAGAAUCUAUUUAAGACACUUAUAAUUCAUGUGUGAGUAUUUAUGAUGUAUUAUAUUAAAAAAUGGGGUAGUUUGAAGAAUAAUUUAUUGAAUAAAUGAAAACAAACAGAACUACAGUCUUAUAAAAUGAAUAUGACAUAUCAGAAUUUAGUGAUUAUUUUUUAUGUUUUCGAUUUGACUAAUAAAAUAAGGUACCAUUAUCUUCAAAGUAAUAAUUAAAAAUAAAAUCUCAUUUUGAAAUUAGAGUUUUGCAUUGUAUAUGGGAAAACAAACAUUCAAUUUUAGUUAUCAUGAAUGACAUAUCUGAGAAGAUAAGAUUAAAGCAUUUAAAGGACUUAGAUCAAUAUAAAGAUAGAUUAUUAGCUACAGUAUCUCAUGAUUUAAAAACACCAUUAAAUGGAAUGAUGAUAGAUAUAAACAUUAUGCAAAAUAUUUUACAGCAAAAAUCAAGUAUAACACAUAACAAAAUUGAGUAACUUUGUGGUCAUCUUGAUGAAUUCAAUUAAUCAGGAUAAUUGUUACUAUCAAUGAUUAAUGAUUUACUUGAUUACAGCCAAAUUAAUAAAGGAUACUUGAGAUUGAUUCCUAAAACUUUCAAUUUAAAUACUACUUUCAAAUUUAUAAAUUCUUUAUUAAUUAGGCAAUCUAAUGAAAAAGGAGUUUAGCUAAUUUGGAAUAAUCAAAUUGAUCCAAAAAAUUCUGAUUUAUUUACAGAUGAAAAUAGAUUAAAAUAAGUCUUAAUUAAUUUAGUUGCUAAUGCCAUUAAAUUUACUAUGUAAGGUGAGAUUGUAGUUUCAGCAUCUUAACCUAUUGAAAAAGACCUUGUUGAAAUUUCAGUUUCUGAUACAGGAUAUGGAAUACCAGAAGAUAUAUAAAAAAAUCUCUUUAGAUUAUACAGUACUUUUGAUAUUGGAAAUAAUAAUAGACAUGGUGUUGGCUUAGGGUUAACAAUUAGUUAAUAACUUGUAUCUUUAUUAGGGCCGACUGAUAAGAUUGAAUUAAAAUCAUAGGUGGGCAAAGGCUCUACAUUUAAAUUUGUAAUUUUUAGAAAAUUGCACUAAUCAUUAGAAAAUUCCAUACAGGAAUAAGAUUUAAAUCAAAAAUAAAUUGUUCCUAGAUUUCCCUCUUACAAAAAUUUAAAUCAAAUAAUUAGAAAAAGAAAAACUUAAUUUAAAAAAGCCUAAACUUAUUAUAAAUUAGAGAGUAUUCCUGAUGAAUAUCUAAAAGUACUAAUUGUUGAUGAUACUCCUUUUAAUAUAAUUGCUCUAAGUGCAAUGUUAAAUUAAGUGAUUCAUAAUUGUAAACUAUAUAAAGCAUUUAAUGGCAAACAAGCUUUUGAUUUAUAUUCAAAAGAAUAAAUGAGUGUUAUUUUUAUGGAUGUAAAUAUGCCAGAAAUGGAUGGCUACUAAUGUACAUAAGAAAUAAGGAAAUUUGAAUAAAUAUAUAAAUUAAGUUAAUCUUUAAUAAUUAUUGUGACUGCUUUUACAGGAUCUGAUGACAAGCUUAAAUCUUAAAAAUGUGGAGCUAAUGAUCAUUUAGACAAACCUUUAAAUAUAGAAGAUUUAUAAAAAGUCAUAAAAAAAUUUGGAAUAAUCUGA